CUUGGUCACAGAGGAGAUGUACAUAUAAAAGGCUGAGUCCGGGGGUUCUGCACACUUCUGAAUUCACUGCAUCGCUGCUGACCGUGGGAGGAUACAAAGUCGUAGACAGAGAUAGAAAGAUGCAGCACUAGAUGGAAAAUAGUAGUGAAAAGAUAAUAAGUUAUAGUAAGCAAGAGUGAGUAAGACAAAGGAAGCACAAACCCACAAAAAAAGGAGGGAUAAGAGGUGUGACACACUGUCCGGUUCUUCAGCCCGGCCUUGGUACAGACAGUUCACCCCCUCGACAUCUGAGAUAGAGGACUUUUUUUCCCCGGCUCGCUCUAUUUUGUGCAUCGCUUUCAUCAAAUGCAACACCGCGGAUAUGCACACCUCUGGCUGUUGGGGUCGGUGUUACUGAUCUGCCUCACAUCCGGGAUCACGACCGUGAACGGGGACGUGGCGCCGACGCAUCAAGACUCCCGUCUGGAGACGCCAUCUGAGUCCAAAUCCAACUUGAGUCAGACGGAACACGGCCAUGGCUCCAGCGUCAUCACAGGAAUACCCGUUGUGACCUUCAAAUGGCACCAUGUGGAGGCUCCUUAUCUAGUUGCAUUAUGGAUAUUGGUGGCUUUUUUGGCCAAAUUGGUCAUCGAGGCCAACCACCAUGUGACCACUGUGAUCCCAGAGAGCGCCUUGCUCAUCUGCUUCGGCUUCAUUCUGGGGGGGAUCAUUUGGGGGGCAGACAAGGUGCAGACCUUCAAGCUGACCCCAACGGUGUUCUUCUUCUACCUGUUGCCUCAAAUCAUCCUGGAUACGGGCUACUCUAUGCCAAACAAGCUCUUCUUCAGCAACAUGGGGGCCAUCUUGGUGUACGCCGUCAUCGGGACCUGCUGGAACGCCGCCAGCGUGGGGCUAUCGCUAUGGGGGUGUCACCAGGGAGGAGCCAUGGGUGAGCUGGACAUCGGCCUGCUGCAGUACCUUCUCUUCGGCAGUCUGAUUGCGGCUGUGGACCCUGUGGCCGUCAUCGCCGUGUUUGAGCAAGUCCACGUCAAUGAGGUCCUCUUCAUCAUGGUGUUUGGAGAGUCGCUGCUCAACGACGGCGUGACAGUGGUGCUCUUCAAUGUAUUUGAUGCGUUCGUGUCACUGGGAGGAUCUGGAAUUGAUGCUGUGGAGAUCAUUAAAGGAAUCAUUUCCUUCUUUGUGGUGGCGUUUGGUGGUUCCCUCGUGGGCUUUAUCUUCGGCCUGCUGAUCUCUCUCCUGACCAGGUGCACUAAAAACAUCCAGAUCAUUGAGCCGGCGUUUGUCUUUGUCUUGGGAUACCUCGCCUACCUGACUGCUGAGAUGCUCUCCCUGUCUGCCAUCCUAUCGAUCGUCUUCUGUGGCAUGUGCUGCCAGAAGUACAUCAACGCAAACAUGGACGAGAAGUCCGUCGCCACAGUCCGAUAUGUCAUGAAGGUUCUCGCCAAUGGAUCAGAAACCAUCAUCUUCGUGUUCCUCGGCAUCUCGGCCAUUGAUAAGGAGAUCUGGGUGUGGAACACAGGCUUCAUCCUCCUCACGCUCCUCUUCAUCUUUGUGUACAGAAUUAUCGGUGUCUUUUUCCUCACCUGGAUCCUGAACAAGUUCAGGCUGGUCCCCGUGGAGUUUAUAGAUCAGGUGAUUAUGAGCUACGGUGGCCUGCGAGGGGCUGUCGCAUACGGUCUGGCUGCGAUGCUGGAUGAGAGCAAGAUAGGGGAGAAGAAUCUGAUGAUCUGCACCACUCUCAUUGUAGUGUACUUUACUGUCAUUCUUCAGGGAGUAACAAUGAAACCUCUGGUCAACUGGCUUAAAGUAAAAAGAGCUGCAGUGGCGGAUAUCACACUGAUAGAAAAAUUGCAGAACAAGGUGUUUGAUCACAUGCUUGUUGCCAUAGAAGAUAUAUCUGGACAAAUAGGACAUAACUACAUGAGGGACAAGUGGAAUCACUUUGAGGAGAAGUGGAUGUCAAAAAUUCUGAUGAAGUCGUCAGCGAGGAAGAACCGCGACUACGUCUUCAACGUCUUCCAUCAGCUGAACCUCAAGGAUGCAAUGAGCUACGUGGCUGAGGGCGAACGCAGAGGCUCUUUGGAGUUUGUUCGCAAUGAGACCGCGUUCGUCAACUUCAAGAAGAAGUUCGCCGAUGACUGCUCAGACGUCAUGCCCGACAUCACGGCCGACACGUCGGACGAUUACAGUGGAAUGUCCUCGAUGAGUAGAAUAGACCCUGUGCCAUCAGUGAGCCUGGAAAUGCACGAGCAGACCAUGAAGGGAGUGAGGGAAACAGAGGACAUCAACACUCACCACCUGCUGCAGCAGCAUCUGUACAAGGGCAGGAAACAGCACCGACACAGAUACAGCCGGAGCCAUUUCGAUGUCAACAAGGAUGAUAACGAAGUGCAGGAGAUCUUCCAGAGGACCAUGAGGAAUCGUUUGGAGUCCUUUAAGUCUGGAAAGAUGGGCGUUGCUCCACCAAAGACGAUAAGCAAGCACACGAAGAAGGACCAGCAGCAAAAGAUGCCAAAUGGAAAUUCAAAGGACAAAAGUAAAAGCUACUAUUCUGGUGAUGAAGAUUUUGAGUUCUCAGAGGGAGACAACACCUCUGGCUUUGAGGCAUCAGGAGGUUCAUACACCUUCCCCAUGAGGGUCACCUACAGAGCAGGAGCUGGCAUUGAGAAUCCAGCCUUCAUGCCGGACCUGGACCCCAUGGCACCGGUGCAGAUCCCCCCGUGGCUAGCGGAGGCCGAGCUCGACGGCGACACGGUGGCUCCGUCUCAGCGGGCCCAGCUGAGGCUGCUGGACCCCGGAGACCUGCGCCGCCUGGCCCCCCUCCGCAUCAGCACUCGCUCCAACGACUCCUUCGCACAGGCCGACGCCCCCACCGCGCAGCAGAGGGACGAUGAGCUGCCGCCUCCACCGCCGCCGCCUCACUCGCAAGGAGACAGUCGGCACAUGUAGCACAUGUAGCAGCAUCCCCACCCCUCCUCCGCCUCCAUUUAACCCCGACCUCAGACUUUGCAGCGUCCGCUCUCAAAAUAUUGA